CUUUUGUUUUUGCAAAUAUGGCUAGGCUCCAAAGCAAGCAAGGUAUAAUUGCAAGCAUUUAAGUGAGAAUCUGGGCAUUGUACGCAUUUGAAACUUCUAUUUUGCGUCAUGAAACUUGGAAAAGAAAUGGAAUUAGACAAGUCAAAAACGGUUCUUCAGCCGAAAGUUGAAAAGAAGGCAACAAACUACUUUAAAAUCGCAUUCCUUAUCCUUUUGGCUGUCAUAGCUAUUGGCGGUAUCUCCAUCACUGCUGUUUAUGUUGGAGGAAAACUUUCAAGAGACGCUUUCAAGGAAUAUUCUGAUAAGUAUCAGUUCCAUACAACAGACGGAGAGACCAUAGAUGAGACUAUUACAGUAACAGACACUGAUGAAGAUAUUAGCUUUGAAGAUGGUUCUCAUAUCAUUUUCGACUACAGUAAAGGGUUUAUGGUGAUGAAAGUGGUAGAAGAUGAUUAUGUCGUCUGCUAUGUUGCCAGUUUUGAACGAAGAGAUACUCAUGCACCUACUGCCGAGGAACUCAAAAAUAUGAAGUUGGACAAUUUGACGAUCUCAGAAGAGAUUGAUUAUUAUAUAGACAGGUCUUCCCCAGUCGACCCAAGUAUACUGUCGGAGAGAUCACGUGAUACAUGUAAGGGGGCCGAAAUAUACUGGAUAACAACUUACAAAAUGAAAGACACAAACGGAAGAAGGCAGAAACGUUGGUUCCGUGCGCGUAGACUCAUUCACAGGGUCAAAAAGCAUUGCACAGCCUUUUGUCACCCUACUUUUGGCUUGGGUUUGAGUAUCAGUUGCGGUGCCCAUUGUAGGUUUUAGACGACUUGUGAAAUUCCAGCCAACUCAUAAACCUUAUUAUCUUCUUAAAGAGAACUUGUACUAGAGAUUUAUCAAUUUUGUUCUAUCAAAAUAUUUCAUAACAUUUCGUUGCGUCAUGGCUUGAACUCAGUGUUGUUAUAUUUUCUGGAUCAUGGAGUUUUAUUAUGAUAGAAUUCCGCUUACGCCUGAAGGGUGUUGUACAUUUCAUUACCACUCAUAAGCAAACUCAAUCAAACCGAGUCUGCUAUUACUCUGCGUUCUAUGCUUCCAAAUGAGUUUCUUACAGAUUAUUUUUGUCUUCUUUGAAGAUUGCAGUUUUAUAUUUGCAAUACCUUCAAGUGUACAGAGUGCAUUGAAAGGGGCGGAGCUUAAUUAUCAUCGCUAUGAUAAAUAAAAUGUAAUUUGAUACUUUUUGACUGAAUGGAACAGUUUUCGAAAACAGCCUUGCAAACGUGAAUCACAGUUCAUCAAAAAAUUACGUCCAGUGUUUCAAUGUUAACAGAGAAAAAAGUUACAGAUAUAUAAAGAUGUAAAACUUUCAUUAAAUCGGGAAUAUGUUGAAUUCAGUAUUAAACAAAAUGUCAAAAUGGAACCAUUUAAUGAAAUCUAUUACGCGUGCAAUCAAGCAAGAAUAAUAGCAGACUCGGUUUAACUGGUUUUCAGUCAUAUAAUUACAUUUAUAUGAUAUUAUUGUUUGAUUUUGUUUACGUUCUAAAGGUACAGAA